UUAGAGUGCGAGUGGGCACCCAAAAAAAAAAAAAAAACAGUUUAUCCCGAUUUUGACCUUAUCCUAGAUCUUAAAGUUUCUAAAGAUGGGCAUUGCCUUGAUGUUCCUUCUGGCCCUGUACCAGAUGCAGUCGGCCAUUCACAGCGAGAUCAUCGAGACGCCCUCGUACGGCGGCAAUUCGCUGCUGGAAACGGAUGGGGACAAUGGUCUCAGCACGCCACAGGUACCGCAGGACAAUGACCUUAUGAAUGCGGUUCUGAGCAGCGAUCAGCCCGAGAAGGCAGAGCUGGAGUUCCGGCAUCCCAUCUCGGUGAUCGGCAUCGAUUACACCAAGAAUGCGGUGCUUCUGCGCUUCCGGAAGCCGCGCUACAAGUUCGAUCCGGAGCUGGAGGCCAAGCGGCGGUCCUUGGCCGACAAUUUCAUGCACUUUGGGAAACGGCAAGCGGAGCAGCUGCCGCCCGAAGGCACUUAUGAUGCCUCCGAUGAGCACGACAGUAUGGAGAAGAGAUCGAGCAUGGAUCGAUAUGGCAGGGAUCCCAAGCAGGACUUUAUGCGGUUCGGCAGGGAUCCCAAGCAGGACUUUAUGCGCUUUGGCAGAGAUCCCAAGCAGGACUUUAUGCGCUUUGGAAGGGAUCCCAAACAGGACUUUAUGCGCUUUGGGCGCAAUCCCUCGGACUUCAUGAGGUUCGGCCGAGAUCCCAAGCAGGAUUUCAUGCGCUUCGGUCGAUCUCCAGCUGAGGAUUUCAUGAGAUUCGGACGACCGGACAACUUCAUUCGCUUCGGACGCAAUCCCCACGAGGAGCUGCGUAGUGUAAAGCAGGACUUUAUGCGCUUCGGACGUCCCGAUAACUUUAUGCGGUUUGGACGCUCUGCUCCGCCACAGAUGGACUCCAACUUUAUUCGGUUCGGCAAGAGUGUAAAGGCCCCAGUUCCCGAAUCCAAGGGGACCAAGUCGGGACAGCCAGGCGAAAGCAAUUCCGUGGACAAGGCCGUGACAGAGCUGUUCAAGAAACAGGAUCAGCAGGUGAAAAGCGGCGAACAGACUUCGACCUCGACGGAUGAGGGCAGCACCGAGCAGGAUCAGUUCUUUAGCCAGUGAACAAAUGGGUCCUUCGAGACGGCGAAUCCUUGUAAAUAGAAAAUAUUGAUUGACACCCGACACGAAUCGUAACUGAUAUACGUAUACUCCCUCCUCCCAAAACGAACUCCUGAUAUGUAGAUUAUGAAUUUUUAAUGGGGCUGGAUUAAAAAUUCACCACGCUUUGAUCUAAUCAUACCAAAAAAUGUAUCUUUAUCUAUAAAUAUAUGUAUACUUAGC